AUGGCUGCAAGCCGAGCAACCAAGACCCUUGGCCCGACAGUGCGAAUCAUGGCUGAGGAACGGCUUCGAAGACUCUCACAAGUUUAUGCAGAUGUGGACGGCGAUGGCAUACUCACCGUGGACAACUUAGCGAAGGUCUUCGCCAAGAAGCUUCCCGAGGAUGAAGCCCUGCAGCUUGCGAAGGACUUGGACGUGGAUGGCCGGGGCAAGGUCGUGCUUGAUCAGGUCCUGGGAUGGACGGAGCGCUGUGCGAACAACGUGGAGUUCCUCGAUCGGUUCAAGAUGUUGCAAGCUUUGAAGCUGCCAGUCCUGGUGUCUGGUGUUGGGUCCGACUCUCAACUGUCAUCCUACCUCGGGCGCUACACCAAUGCGCCCAUUGUGCUGGCGGUUGGUGGCGGCAACUACGACAUCGGCCGAGGAAUAUUCCAGGAGAAGAACUACAGCACCUACAAAGGCGGCAUGCUUGAGGCCUUCGGCAAGCUCUUCGCGGGCAAUGUGCGCAUGUUCCAGUAUCCGAACAUUAGUCCUGAGGGAGACGUCUCUGAGAACGUCGAGUUCUCCUCCGGUUCGACGGAGUAUCUCCACCGGUUUCUGGUCGAGCAGGAGAAGAUUGUCUCCAUUGAGCCGACCUACAUGAACAGUUUCGCCGUCAGCAAAGAGUCCAACGAGCCCUAUCGUGGGCAGUCCGAGGAUGUUGUGCAGCUGAUGCGGAAUGGCGACCCUGAGUGGACGAAGUACGUGCCUGACGAGGCGCACGGCAUCAUCAAGGAGUCCAGCUGGUUUCAGAGGUACACUGCCGGAGGUGCCACCUCCCAACAGGUCAUCUACAAGGCCUUCGAGGUCCUGGAUGAGAUCGGAAAAGACAAGGAGCCCCACGCUAACAGAGCCUUCUUGGGCAUCGCAGGCCUCGGCCGAUUGAAGGCCCCGAUGGUGCGACUGGUCGAAUCCAUCGAGAACGGCCCAGAGGCUCUCGUGCGGCUGAGCGUUCCCGACGGUCAGGCCCCCGGUUCCCUGCCGGAAGGAUGCUACGUGGAGUUCUCCGACGUCCAGGGCAGUGACGGAAUCUCUACCCAUCAGGAGCCCUCCCCCUGCGGUGAGCAUGUCACAGCAUGGAAGAUCUCCUCCAAGUCGGAUGAUCCCGUGAACUCCAUCCGAAUUGGGGACACGUCCAACUUCCCUCCCUACGUCUCGGGCGGCCUCGUCACAGAGAAGAAGGUUGGCGUGCCCUAUCCCUUCAAGUCCCUCUCGGAGACCUUGAAGGACCCGGGCAUGCCAUUUGACAGCAUGGUUGGCACGGACAUGAUCAACUUCGGCUCCGAACUCCAAACACACGUGCUGCUUUACGCAGCUUUGACUGUGGAAGCACCAGCCUUGGGGCUGGAAUUGGCCCAAAUUCGCAUAGCGACCUCCUCGUUGAGGUGCCUUCCUCGCAUCAUGGCUUCCGACCCUCCGCCGAUGCCUUUCUUCGUUCGGGAGAAGGAGUUUUUGAAGCUCUACGGCUUUGGUACGUCGCAGAUUGAGGAAGCACAGGCGCCACCUUUCCCUCUCGCGCUGCCCAAGGCGGCGUCCUGGUGUCCUUCGGGUAUCGCUCUGGGCAUGGUUGAUCCGGUUCAGGGACCCCAAGUCGCCGUCUUCGAAUCCGAGAGUGGCACCAAACUGUCCGGUGCGAGCAUUCUGGACUUGCCGAAAGCGCCCAAGAAUGCCUUCACCUUUAUGUGGUCUCCCAUGGGUUCUGCGUUGGUGACGAUUGCGCCGGGUGGAAAGAACUUGCAGGAGUCCAACGUCCACGUCUGGCGCCGCGCCGGAGCGGAUGGUCCCGGAGCGGGCGCAGGUCAGGGCGGCGAGUACGAGCUGCAGGCAUCGUACUGUCACCCCAAGCUCGAGAAGGACAAGAAGGUGCUGCAAUGGACCAACGACGAGAACCUCUGUGCCAGGCUCACGCCGGAAGGAAAGAUCAUCCUCUAUGACGGUGCUAACCUGGGGGAGGACCAUCUCAUGGAGCUGGCUGUUCAAAACGUGGCCGGCUUUGAGUUUGCGCCGAUGACCGCCUCGGAGACCUGCUUCGCCCGCCUGGCGCUCUUCGUGGCGGACCAGCGCGACGACCUCCAAAGGGUCGUCGGCCCGGCCGAGGUCUCCAUUCUCGAGCUCAGCGUGGACGAGAAUGGCAUCCACUCAUCACCUUGCGCCAAGAUGAGUGUGACAUGCGGGCAGGUGGCCGACUUGCUGUGGAACAACAUGGGCAGCUGUUUGAUUGCCCACUGUCAGACGGAGGUGGAUGAGACAGGUCAGAGUUACUACGGUGGAUCGCGGUUGGCCUUCAUGUCGCGUGCCGGGGAGGUGAAGAAGGAUUUGACUGACGAGGAAUGCCAGGGCGGCUGUGUUCAGGCUGUUUCUUGGAGCCCGACACGCGAUGAGUUCAUUCUGAUCUCAGGCUUCCAGCCAGCGAAAGCUACGCUGUACGUCUGGGACGAGAAGGCCAAGAAGGUGUCCUCGAAGAAAACGUUGCUCGACAAGGCGCACCGGAACACGAUCCGCUACAACUCCUUCGGCUCCUUGGUCUGCCUCGCGGGCUUUGGGAACCUGGCCGGUGGCGUCGACUUCUUCGGUCGUGACGAGGACGAUUACGUGCACGUCGCGAGUUGCACCGCCAACUGCACGGUGUCAGCCGAGUGGGCCCCCGAUGGCAGGCACUUUCUGACAGCAGUGCUGGCGCCGCGCAUGCGAGUGGACAAUGCCAUCAACGUUUGGUCGGGCCUCAGUGGCUCCAAAGUGUGCACGACUCCCUUCGAGGCAGUGCGGGGGUUUCGAAGAGCGGAGGGAGAUGGAGUGGUUUCGAGGCCGAAGGCGAAAAGAGUCGGUUGA